UCGGUCCGAUUUCGCGCUAUUUCGCGAUUUCGCGCUAGCACAACAGCCAUUCCUAAAGGCUUGAAUCGUAAAGUUGAGGAAGUCCUAAAACAGCACGUUCUUGUCUUGUUCAGAUGCCUCGCGAAGAACGAACACCACUUCUUUGCGAACCUUCGCACAGUUACUCUAGUGUGUACCCAUCAGCACCUCCUGUUGACAGGGAUCGUUCACCGCCACCCAAUUACAAUCAGGCUACAAGCCAACGACAAAUCGUCAUUUGUGCAGUCUGUGGAUACCAAAUAGAUAUUACCAAUGUGCACAAUGAGUAUGAAGUGACCUGUGCAAAAUGUAACGAAGAAACGCCCAUUGGCAAUCCUCCACGGGGAAAGUCAUAUAGUCGCUGCAGUUAUAAUAACUGCAAUAAGCUUUUGAAGUAUCCAAAAACAGCCACAAGGGUGUCAUGUCCACGAUGCAAAGAAGUGGUUGACAUCAACGUGGCAAAUCACAGUAGAAAUACACAGCAACCGGAUGUCAGCAUUGUGGCACCAUCUUCGAGUAGGACCUCUGUGCCCAGCAGGUCUACAGAAGCCAUGUACAGGUUCGUGUGUGGCUAUUGCAACGUUGAAAGUGUGCUGGAUGUUGCUCCUGGGCAACAUUUUCGCUGCAGGCACUGUGGACGAAGGUCCAGGACAAACAAUACCAACCGACGUGCAAUGGUCUUCAUUGUGCUGGGAACUGUGAUGGUCGUUCUGACCCUAGUGCUGAUGUCGUCCACCGUCAUGUUGAGACACAAUUCGGGCUACUGGUGGAUAUAUAUGAUCCUGCUUGCUGUGGCCACAUGCUUUCAUUCCUAUGGACUGUGGCUUAUGUGCGUCAAGAAGAGCACAGUCCAAGUUGUGCCAUAGCUAGCUGCUUUCUUUUCUUUCUUCAGGAGUCAGUGAGUGAUGAUCCAUCACUCACAGAUGAAUGUGGCAUCUACUCACAACUUGCAAAUGACCGGGGGAUGGAGGACAGCCUUUCCUUCUUCCUAAUAAGGAAAGAUAUUGCCAUUCAUUCUGUUGACUUUGGGAAUGUGUAGCAAGUUAAGAAACCCUAAGCCUAUAUUAUUUGUUGUUACUGCCAGGUGCCUUUGGACAAUUUGAUAACUUCAGAUUGUGAUGGAACAUAACAUCGUCACUGCUAUUAUUGCGGAAUCCUGAUAUUUCAGUUGAGACCUACAGGCAUCUAUGAUGGAAAACAUUCAAACUUUUUUUCAAAGUUUUAACUGUGAUGUUGGGUGAUAUACAUAGCUCUUUGUAACAAGUAUGGUCUUUGCACCUACAUGUACAUCCCAUUUAAUUUCUACCUGGAAUGAGGCUCUGCGAGGCCAUAGUUAUACCAUUUUGGGUGCUAAUUAUCCCAGCUCGGAGAUAAAGAAAAUAUUUUUUUUUUGCUUUUAUGACAUGGACCAUGCAUGGUAGAUGUGGAAGUGCAAGAUAACCUUGUGCACCUGCAGUUUGACCAAAAAAAAAGGAAUAUGUGUGUGGUCUCUUUUGCUGAUAUUGUUAACUUAUUGAACAACAUUUUGUCAAAUGGUAUAAUUUUGGCCCUUCCCUGUGCUCCCUGUAGGUAGUGUGUGCGGAGGGGCAUUCCAGAUCGUAGCUCAGUAGGGUUGUGUGACUGGAUUGUGCGGUAACUUUUGCACACUUCAUCAUUUUGCAUUUAUAUCUGAAAAUUUGAUUUUAGUUAGUGUUUUGUUGUUUGUUAUAUUGUAACUCUUGGUUAUGAAUAUUUAAGAAAAUGGUGCAAUGUUUCCUAAAGAAAUAUACCUUAACUACCCUUGUGAAUUUUGUGUGAUGUGACACACCCCUCAAUGCCUUUUCUCAUAAAAGUUUUACACACCUCUGA